UGGAUUGUGUGCCUGUGAAACAUUCAUACCCUCGUCCUUCUGAAGGACGUUUUGCAUGACUAGCCGACUCACUGAACUGAGCUCUGGUGUUCGCCAUUUCGGUGAUGAUGGCGAGCAAUUGCAAUCCAUGGAUGCAGGGACCAUCCGUCUCACCUGUCUCAACCCUGCAGCUGAACCAAAAAGUUUUGCAUCUCAGGAAGUUCAUCUCUCGUAAGCCUACAAAAGUUCUCGCUGGAAUGUGCGCUGAGCGCUUUCAGCCUUGUGCAGUCAGCCAUCAUUCAAAUGGCGACAUCCGACAACGUUAUCUGUCGCGAUCACGGCUAUGCUCGCUCUCAGAGCCAGAAUUGCUCCGUACUCAUUUGCAGCACAUGAUAUGGGUGAGUCUAGCCUACGCCGCAAUGCCGCUGGAAGAUCUGCGUUGGACAUGCCAUGUCCAGUUGCCGUCCCGAGCAACCUCAACAGUCGUUCAACGUCUUCAAUCUACCUCCUUUUCCGUGGAGAUUAGCACAUUUGCUGCCUCAGCGAAAAGUCUGCAACGCCUCAGGCAUAGGAGGAGGUUCUGGCUGUCGUCUGGCUGUCGUGUUGACCCCCAGCGUCGGCCAUACUCACCAAUUUAGACUCGCUUGGGCCCUCGUCGUCCGCUUCAGGCACACGGCGAGGGCGAGGCAGUAUUGAUCGGUGGUCAGAAAGGAGCACUGCUUCACGAGGAAUGCCUGUUUGGUAGGCCUCGCCGCUGUUCACGGCUAGCGAGCUUAUCAGCAUGCUCGUCUCUCAGCGCGCCUCGAGCACUUUUCGCUUCAGGAAGCGAGAUAACGAUCAUGCUCGUUGCUCUGCCAUCUGACCAAAGGAGUGAAGGGCAUAGCGAUGUUCGUCCCUGCAGGCUGUCAAAUGCCUGUAAAGUUUAGUUCCCACAGGAACGCCAUGGGAGUGACUUGCAGGUGAGGUU